AUGGGACUCUGCCAUGGGAAACCAGUCGAGAGCCCCCUUCCCAGAGAAGAACUAGAAGAUCCCGUGGUCUCCAGCAAUGGGAUACCCCCUCCAAAUCCGGGAACCCCAAAACCCCCAAAAUCGCCAUUCUACCGUCCGAGCCCACUGCGGAGCUCUCACAGGAACUCUCCGGGGUACUCCAGCGUCACUUCGACGCCAUUGCGGAAGAUCUUCAAGGGCCCCUUCCCCCCUCCUUCUCCUGCCAAGCACAUCAAGGCUUUUCUCGCGCGCCGUCACGGAUCAGUGAAGCCGAACGCGGCCGCCAUCCCCGAGGGAUCGGAGGCCGAUCCGGUGGGCCUGGACAAGAACUUCGGCUUCUCCAAGCAGUUCCUAUCAAGGUAUGAGCUCGGAGAGGAGGUGGGGCGGGGGCAUUUCGGAUACACCUGCUGCGCCAAGGCAAUCAAGGGAGAAUUGAAGGGGCACGAGGUUGCCGUCAAAGUAAUCCUCAAAUCGAAGGUUAGAUUCCCAUGUCUCUCUCCCCCCUCAUCCGUAUUGCUAGAAAUGGUUCUGCCAUUGUUGCAGAGGUUAUCAGUUCUUCUUUCAGAAGAUUUAUCUGGCAAAAUCUUCCUUGUUCAAUCCUUGGGCAACAGUUUUCUACACAGAAUUUGACUGCGGUGGUGGUUCUCACGGAUCAUGACACAGUAAUUCGUCUGUUUUUUUCUAUAAAAAAUCUUCUCUUCUCUUCAGCUUCUUUUCAAAUUACAUAAGAGGUGAGUGGAUUAUAAAAGAAGAUGAACCAUGCUCUGCUUUGAUGAAAUCUUGAAAUCUGGAGACCUCGGAUUCUUGGUGGAAGAGAACUGACGACUCCCUGCUCCUUUCGGCAGAUGACCACCGCGGUUGCCAUUGAGGAUGUGAGGAGAGAAGUCCGUAUAUUGAGGGCCCUUGCUGGGCACAAGAAUCUAGUGCAAUUUUAUGAAGCCUAUGAAGAUGACAACGGCGUGUAUAUCGUUAUGGAGUAAGUGAAUAAAUAUUGUAUCAUAGUUUUAUUAUUAUUAUUGAAUUCUCAUAAUGGCGGCAACAGUUUUUCUUUCAUCUGGGCAUUGGAAACAUGCACACAGAACCCAGAAAAUCUUGCUUUUUUUUUUUUUGCUUCUUUCUUCCAUGAUCUCGAAAAUAUCAAAACUCCUUUGACCAGGUGGCAGAAGAACACGUAAAAAGAUUGAAUUUGUCCCGUUUAGUAAGAAUUGCAUUAUUUUUUGCAACGACUGUGAGGGAACCAGGUGAACGAACGGGCUUAUCACUGGAGCAUUGUGAUGCGAUUAUCACAUUGUCGUUGGUCCGUUGCAGCUAUAUCUAAUUAUUUUCCCCCUUUUUUAGAAAAAUUAAAAACUGGGUAAAACCUUGCAUAAAUUUUCAGCUAGUAUGCCCGGGUGGGUCCCCAUUGAUUUCCUUUUAUCUUCUUUGAAACAAUCCAGCAGAACUGUUCAUUAUAAUCUGUAAUACGGGGAGACAUGAUUCAUCAAAUCUCAAUCUGAUGUUCUUCUGUUCGCCUGUCACUUUCUCAUGAACUCGUGACCAUUUUCUUCCUCUUGACUUGCCAACUAACUCACGAGCAACAUCUCUACUUUUCAGGUUAUGCAAAGGUGGUGAACUUCUUGACAGGAUUCUCGCUAGGUACCUCUUUUCGCUAGCUUUAUAUAUAUUUAUAUAUAUAUAUAUAUAUAUAUAUAUAUACAGAAAAAUCAUGAGUUAACCAACAUAGUUUUCUCUUCCCAUUUAUCUUUGUUUUCAGGGGAGGAAAAUAUUCAGAGGAAGAUGCUAAGGGUGUCAUGGUCCAGAUCCUGAACGUUGUGUCCUUCUGUCAUCUGCAGGGAGUUGUACACCGAGACCUUAAGCCCGAGGUAGAUGAAUUGACCAUUCGAGCAAUCAUAUCUCCUUCAAUGUCCUCUGAUAUCAGUUCAUCUUUUCUGUAGAAUUUUCUCUUUACCUCAAAGGAUGAGAAGGCCCCAUUGAAGGUGAUUGACUUCGGUCUGUCAGAUUUUGUGAAGCCUGGUUAGUGAUAAAGUCCAUGAGACCACUCAUACUUGUGUAGCUAUUCUUGGCUUCGAGAUCAUUUCUCCGUUCUUGUUCUUGAUUUGCGUUCAUGGGGUUUCCUCAUUUGAGGUUGCAGAUGAGAGGCUGAACGACAUCGUCGGAAGCGCCUACUACGUUGCCCCUGAAGUCCUCCGGAGAUCUUACGGGACCGAAGCUGACAUGUGGAGCAUCGGCGUGAUCGCGUACAUCCUGCUCUGCGGGAGCCGCCCCUUCUGGGCGAGGACAGAGUCCGGCAUAUUCCGCACCGUCCUCAAGGCUGAUCCAAACUUUGAGGAGCCGCCAUGGCCUACAUUGUCCUCGGAGGCCAAGGAUUUCGUCAAGAGGCUGCUGAACAAGGACUAUCGCAAGAGGAUGACUGCCGCCCAGGCCCUGUGUAUGUACCUUUGCAGCGUGAUUCAGCUGUACUAUGGGUCGUCCCUGUUUCUCUCGAAUGUCAUGCAUUUUGACUCUUCUGUGUGUAGGCCAUCCGUGGAUUAGAGAUCAUGAGGAUGCCACCAUUCCCAUGGAUAUGCUGAUUUGCAGACUUAUGAGAGCGUAUAUCUGUUCGUCGUCGCUACGAAAGUCAGCACUGGUGGUAUGGCGCCCCUUUCCACUCCAGGGUUUUGAGUAUGCUGUGGAUGCAUCACGAGGAGCGUUGACUUUUACGAUUCGUAAAAUUUCCAGUUUUAGUGAAUUUCCCAUUGUUCCUCACGAUUUCUGAUGAAAUCGUAGGAACCCAGAGCCAGUGGAUGGCCGAUUCGAGUUGACUUCAUGGUGGCCGAGGAACCCAAUCCGAUACACACUUCUCAUAACACUGAACAUCCCUUUAAUGGGGAAGAUGACCCAGAUGAAAAUGACUUAGUUUCUCUUAGAUUGUCUAAACUUACGUAACUUGGUCGCAUUAAAUUAUCUGUGUGCAAAUUUAAAUUUUUGUGCUCCUUUUUCGGAAUGUUACUGGGCCACUAGCUUGAUUCCUCAUACUCUCUCUCUCUCUCUCUCUCUCCCUCUCUCUCAGGCUCUUGCCAAAUCGUUGACCGUGAACCAGCUCUUCUACUUGCGAGAGCAGUUCACAUUGCUGGGACCGAACAAGAACGGAUACAUCGCCUUACAAAACUUGAAGACGGUAGGUGGUUUCCUAGCUUGACUAGAUUGACCCUCGUGGCCCCCAGCUUCUAAUGGGUCUGGCUUCCACAGGUCCUGUUGAAGCACUCAACUGACGCAGUAAAGGAUUCCAGAGUUCUUGAUUUUGUCAACGCGGUGGGUGACUUCUCGUUUUUUUUUGUACUUCAUUUUCUGUUGACCUCGUGGUGUAUUUAUUUUGACUUGGUGUUCUUCCCGGGGGAUUGUCGUCAGGUCUGCUCUCUUCAGUAUAGGAAGCUGGACUUCAAGGAGUUUGCGGCGGCUGCUGUCAGCGUUCACCAGCUGGAGGCCUCGGCCAACUGGGAGCAGCUUGCUCGCUCGGCAUACGAAUUAUUCGACAAGGAGGGGAACAGACCCAUCAUGAUCGAAGAACUUGCCUCGGUAAUCUUCAUUUUAUCCCUUUAGAAAACAGCUUCAAUGGUCCCUUCAGAUCCUAAUCUGGAGCGCACUCCAUGAAAUCUGCCGAACGAUGUCUCAGUUUCUGAGAUUCUUCGUCUCGAACCCAUUUGAGUCCGCGUUUCUAUCUGCUUUUUCUGUGACCCUCUCGGCAGAAACUGAUCAGUCGUCAACCCAAUCAAUCCUGCCCAAUUCUGAGCAGUUUGCUUGCUUCAGGAGAUAUUUUUUAGGGUUUCUGAACUGGUUGGACCUGUUCCGGAUUAGGAUUUUCUUUUUCCUCUUUUUUCUGACGAGCUUGCUUGAUUCAGGAGCUGGGGCUCAGCCCGUCGGUCCCCAUGCAUGUGGUUCUCCAAGACUGGAUCAGGCACUCCGACGGGAAGCUGAGCUUCGUCGGCUUCGUCAAGCUCCUACACGGGGCGUCAUCCCGAUCGAUGCCCAAAGCAUAA